CUCGCGGACAACAUCAACGCACCCCCCCCCCCUGCGUUUCGCUUUGUGCACGAGCGCAUGGUCGACUUCGCCGGCAGGCUUCAUCAUUCCUGGACGGUGACGACGAAGUGGGACGUGGUUGAGCUGUCGCCUGGUUGGCCGCCUCAGCACCUGCAUCGCGACUUCGUGUCAACGGAGACGGCGGCAACGAUUGAGGCCCAUGAAUGGGUU